UUGACAUCAUUUUUGACCCAAUUCAGGAAAAUUACGAAAAUUAAUACUGGCACGGUAAAUUUUGAAAAUAAAAGGAGAGUAUGAAAAGUAACAGAGCAACUUGAAAUAUCAAAUGGUCAAUUCCUCCAUUUUAGCUCAAAUAUGAAAUUUACCCAGUCUGAGAGUGUCUGAAGAAGAGUAAUAUAUCUCAUGUCGAUAAGUCUGCAAAUUCAAUUCUUCUCGUCAAUUCUCGAGUGAAGAAAUGGCGCCUAAAGCCCUGGCCCUAUCUUCUUCCUUCUCAGCCCUUUCUCCAUUUCCUUUCCCUCAACACAUUAACCCUACCAAGAAGCUCAAUUUUGAUAACCUCAGACCUAACCCUCCAAAACCCACUCUUAUUGUCAAGUGUAAAUCUUCUGAACCGCAAAUUGACCGAGAAACAAAACCCACAAGUGCUCGAAUUCAUGGUUACCCGGGUAGCUUACUGGAGCACGAAGGCUCUGGAGCAGCUGCGCCGACGCCUGGGCAAAUAUUUCUCGAGCGCCAGCAGUCUAUGGCCACUUCGGCCAUGGUUAUGGCUAACACCAGAAAGAAGAAGAAAAAGGACAAAGGAAAGGUUUUGAAGAUUUCUACGGUUCUCCCCAGCUGCUACGGCUGCGGAGCUGCAUUGCAGACUUCAGAAACCGAUGCUCCGGGUUAUGUAGACCCGGAUACUUACCAGCUGAAGAAGAAGCAUCGUCAGCUUAGAACUGUUCUCUGUGGUAGGUGCCGCCUUCUUUCCCAUGGACACAUGAUUACUGCUGUUGGGGGUAAUGGGGGUUAUUCUGGAGGAAAGCAAUUCGUUUCUGCUGAGGAGCUUCGUGAAAAACUCUCUCAUCUGCGUUAUGAGAAGGCCCUGAUUGUCAAACUGGUUGAUAUUGUAGACUUCAAUGGCAGUUUUCUUGCACAUGUCAGGGAUCUCGCUGGUGCAAAUCCCAUAAUAUUGGUGGUGACUAAGGUUGAUCUUCUUCCUAAAGACACUGAUCUCAAUUGCAUUGGCGAUUGGGUUGUGGAAGCUACCAUGAAGAAAAAGCUUAAUGUUCUGAGUGUCCAUCUUACAAGCUCAAAGUCCUUGGUUGGAAUUUCUGGAGUGGUAGCAGAAAUUCAAAAGGAGAAAAAGGGACGGGAUGUGUACAUUCUGGGUUCCGCCAAUGUUGGAAAAUCUGCAUUUAUAAAUGCUUUAUUAAAAACGUUGUCGUACAAGGACCCAGUUGCCGCUGCAGCAAGAAAGUACAAACCAAUUCAAUCUGCUGUUCCUGGGACUACUUUGGGUCCUAUCCAGAUUGAUGCUUUCUUAGGUGGAGGGAAACUGUAUGAUACACCUGGUGUGCAUCUUCACCACAGGCAAGCGGCUGUGGUUCCUGCAGAAGAUCUUCCUGCCCUGGCUCCCCAAAGUAGGCUUAGAGGUCGUGUUCUCCCUUUGAUUGCUGACCAAGUUGGACUAAAUGGUUUGAGUGGUUUCUCAAUCUUUUGGGGAGGACUUGUAAGGAUUGACGUUGUGAAGGCUUUGCCAGAGGCACGGUUCAUAUUUUAUGGACCCAAAGCAUUGAAUAUUCAUGUUGUUGCUACUGAAGAAGCUGAUGAAUUCUAUAGGAAAGAAAUUGGAGGUCUGCUGACUCCUCCGUGCAGAAAAGAUAACACAGAUGAUUGGAUGGGGCUUGAAACAAAGCGUCAAUUACGAAUAAAUCACAAAGAUAUUGCAAGGCCGGCUUGCGAUGUGGCUAUAUCAGGUUUGGGAUGGAUGGCGGUGGAGCCAGUUUUGUCACUCGGUACAUCUGAUGCCAUUUUAGAGGAAAUUGGAGAGGAUCUAGUUUUGGAUGUUCAUGUGCCUAAGCCGGUGGAGAUUUUUGUUCGCUCUCCAAUGCCGGUGGGCAGAGCUGGGGCAGGAUGGUAUGAUUUCAGGGAAUUGACAGAGAAAGAACUGGAAUUAAGACCAAAAUGGUAUUUUUAAGGCCAAUAGCUUACAUCGGGUAUGUUUCUAUUGUUGUACAUAGAGUAGUUUUUGGAACAGCAGUCCUAUCAGAUAUAGAAAUGUCAUGUUAGAUCAAUUUUGCCAAUCCACAAAGCUGUACACAAUUAAUACAUGAACUAAUUGAUGGCAACAAAAAAAUGACCAGAGAUAUUCAUGUUGAGCCGCGGCUGUGCUGCGUGCCGUCCCAGAUGGAGUUCUUUUUUUUUCUAUUUUCAUGUUCGAAAUGUCAAACGGAAUUGAUUAGUGGAGUUGAAUUCAUGUGGCCUAUGACCUUAUGAUAAUAUGGAGUAGUAGUUUUUAUAAGUUUUGAUAUCCAGAAUCUUUAGGGUUGGACUUUGGAACCAAGAUUUCUAGCUUCAGGAAGUAGGAAGCGGAAGGGGCAUUGGACACCCUGAAGUCUUCUGAAAGGACAAUACUUUUCGGAGUUUUUGGCUUUUCGCAUCCUAAAAGUCCAGCUUGUAAUUUUGUUUAAAGUAACCUCUUCAUAGUAGUUUUUGAAAUUUACAAUUUCGUUUGUAAAUGAUACAGCUGCUCUAACUUGAAUUUUGG